GAUAUUGUUUAAGGUUCGGACUGAUAUGUUUGAGGAGCCCAAUCCGUUUGGAAAGUUUCUUGCAGAGCUCGUCGAUGUGAUGCUCGUAUGACAGUAUACAAAUGACUUCAGGAUCUUCAAAACAACAAAACGCUGGACCACCCAACACCAUGACGACAACUAACUUAACGUCUAAGUCAGUACCACAAAGUGAUAGCCAAGCCACAGUUCCCACUACACAACUCAUGUCUCUCAAACGUGUCCUGGGGAUUCCUGGUGCUUCGUCUAUGGUGGCAGGAAUCAUGAUUGGUUCGGGGAUCUUUAUAUCAGCGCGUUGGGUUCUGGUAUACAGUGGAUCGGUUGGUUUGGCGUUCUUUGUAUGGCUUUUAUGUGCUGUGGUGUCCUUCAUCGGAGGACUGUGUUGGGUAGAGCUGGGAUUAACCUUUCCCAAGUGUGGUGGUGAAUAUAUUCUCAUUAAACACACUCUUGGAUCAGUUCCUGCCUUUGCCUUGAUAUGGCUUAAAACCCUCAUCACCACGCCCUGUUCGAAAGCAAUCGGUCAACUCACAUUUGCCCAUUAUGUUCUCGGGCCAUUCUUUCCCGGCUGCACCGACCGAGAGGACCUGGUACCUCUUCUGAAGAUCAUAGCAGUCUGGUCCAUAUGUACCUUAUGUCUGCUCAACUGCCUGAGUGCUAACUGGGCAACUCGUGUUCAGAUAGUCUUCACGGCUGGUAAAUUCCUUGCUCUGAUGUUACUGAUUGGUACGGGGUUUUAUAGUCUUGCUCAAGGCCACACAUCAAGCUUCAAGGACUCGUUCAAAGACACCACGACUCAGAUAGGAAUGGUUGGACUUGCUUUUCAGAGUGGACUCUGGGCUUACGAAGGAUGGGAUAGCCUUAAUGACGUCACUGAAGAAGUUAACAACCCCAAGAGAAACAUGCCAUGGUCAGUUCUCGGUAGCGUUGUCCUGGUAACCUGUUGUUAUUUUCUGGUUAAUGUGGGAUACUUGGCUGUUUUGACUCCACAAGAAUUGAAGGAAUCCCCAGCAACUGCAGUGUCUGUAGUUCAACGUGUGUACGGUUUCCAAGUGGCAUGGAUCGUACCCGCGUUAGUAGCGUGUUCUAUUUUUGGCUCUGCAAAUGGGAGUUCUUUCUCUUCAGCAAGGGUGAUGCUGUCUGCAGCCCGCGAAGGUCAUCUUCCAGCAGUCCUGGCCAUGAUUCACACCAAUAAGAGAACGCCCAUUCCUGCUUUGCUGUUAUCAACUAUCACGGCAUGCUUAUUCUUGAUACCAAAAACUAGUACCGUUCAGAGUUUGAUGAAAGUCUUCAGCGCUGCUGCAUGGCUGACUCACACAUUGACGGUGAUUGGUUUGCUGUGGACGAGAUACAAAAAACCUGAUUUACCUAGACCUUUUAAGCUUCCAAUCUUCAUCCCCGUGUUGUUUCUCUUCAUUUCUCUGUACCUCACCAUCACACCGUUCGUCGACGCACCAGUGGAGACGUCAAUUCCUCUUGUGUUUAUAUUUCUUGGAAUUCCUAUGUACCAUUUCUUUAUUUACUUCAAAGCAACACCGCGAUGUAUCGUGAUUUGUUUUGAAUGGAUUUCAUUCAAGACACAGCAAAUAUUGAACGUCAACUAUCCAAGCAUUUCCAUGGAAAUAAAUGAAUGAUUUCUGUGCGAAAUGGAUGGGUAUCCUGUGUUAUUUAUCACGUGACCCCAUAAACACGAAGUGUGAGAAAGUGACAGAGAGCGAGUGUUGUCAAUGUUAUCGAAUGAAUCAAAGAUUAAAACGUCGUAGUUAAUUUUACUGAAAAACAAAGCGAAGAAGUCGAGCAAGGUCUCUUUUUGUUCAUAAUGUGUAAAUCACUCAAUAGUCCGUUACCCAAACUAACCUUUGAUGCCAGUCUGGCAACGAGUAAAAAAAGCCUAUAUAACGAUGGCAACAGCUUAUUCAUUUAUUUAUUUUAUGAUUCGCCCGAGGGCAGGUGGUAAUACAGGACUCUAGGUUCCCUAUAUAAUAUUAACACCCAAACCCAACCUCAAAUACCAAAAAAAAGUGGAAAACUAGUCCCAACCCAAAAUACACAUUAAAAGAAUUUUAGAUAUAGGAAAAGGAAAAUAUGRCGCCGAUUAGUAACUACAGAUACAUGUGCGAUUGACUCUACGACGUUUAGGACAGCAGUGUGGAUAUCGCGAUGAUGGGUGCGCAAUCGAUGAUGGGAUAGRGCCGGGGAGGCAUAGGAGCACAGGAGGACGAGCGAGCGAGCGACUCCUCUCGCAUGCGAUAUGCGACGCCGGGGACAGUGAGUUUCGAACUCGGGUCGCAUCCUCGAGAGGCGGUCGCUCUCGCCGCUAAGCCACCCGUGCUCCCCGCUUUGCUUUACAGAUUUUUGAGAAUAUUAAAGCUGCUUGUUAUAUUGAUGGUGUCGCAAUCAUGGUC